UCCUGCACACGAACACACACUGGCUGCCGAUUUCUUGAUAUAUCCGAGCAAUUGCAAAAAUGUUUUCCAUGAGAGUUGCGCAAAACGCGCAGUCUGUACUCCGUAACGCUGCAAAGUCUCCGUGUUUCUCUCAAUCCAAAAUUUCCACAAGAUGCAUCACCACCGUGCAAUCUGACAUCUUUAAGCCCACCAAAUAUGGCGGCAAGUAUACAGUGACGCUGAUCCCGGGUGAUGGAAUUGGAGCCGAGGUCGCAGAAUCCGUGAAAACCAUCUUCAAAGCAGACAAUGUACCCAUCGAAUGGGAACAGGUCGACGUGAGCGGUGUGGACGCGGGAACUAAACAUUCAGAGGAGCUAUUUAAGGAAUCCAUUGCGUCUCUAAGGCGAAACAAGAUAGGUCUCAAGGGCAUUUUGCACACACCAGUCGAAAGAUCAGGACAUCAGUCUUUCAAUGUAGCCCUUCGGCAGGAACUCGACAUCUACGCCUCGAUUGUUUUGAUUAAGAAUAUUCCUGGUUACAAGACCCGGCAUGAUAACGUUGAUUUGUGCAUCAUCCGUGAGAAUACUGAGGGCGAAUAUUCGGGUUUGGAGCAUCAGUCCGUCAGCGGCGUCGUUGAGUCGCUCAAAAUUAUUACCCGAGCAAAGUCCGAGCGUAUUGCGAAAUUUGCUUUCAGCUUUGCGCUCGCGAACAACCGCAAGAAAGUCACAUGCAUACACAAAGCGAAUAUUAUGAAACUCGCCGAUGGACUUUUCCGGAGCACCUUCAAAAAGGUCGCCGAGAGCUACCCGACCCUAGAAAUCAACGAUAUGAUUGUCGACAAUGCAUCCAUGCAGGCUGUUUCUCGCCCACAACAAUUCGACGUAAUGGUCAUGCCUAAUCUUUACGGAGGUAUUCUUUCAAACAUCGGUGCUGCACUUGUGGGUGGCCCGGGUAUCGUGCCGGGAUGCAACAUGGGUCGUGACGUUGCUGUCUUUGAGCCCGGUUGCCGGCACGUUGGCCUUGACAUCAAGGGCAAAGAUCAAGCAAAUCCAACGGCCUUGAUCUUGUCAGGCUCCAUGCUUCUCCGUCACCUUGGUCUUGAUGAACAUGCAAAUCGUAUUUCCAAGGCAGUCUACGAUGUCAUUGGCGAAGGUGUUGUUCGGACUCGGGACAUGGGUGGCCAGGCUACUACCCACGAAUUCACUAGAGCUGUUUUGGACAAGAUGGAAGCGGCCCUCUAA